AAGAAGCACCGGCACUCAGGAACUCCUCUACUCCUAAGACAAAGGGCUAAGUUGCGCGGAGACAGGACACGGGUACGAGGCCGGGAACGGGUAAAGCGCUAAAAAAUUCCCAUAUUUUACAAAGUGUUUGGGUGUCGAGACGGCCACAAGUACCCAGACUGGGACAUUCUUAGGACAGAGAGUGGCACUUGUUUGAAGAAUACGUGCAACAAAGAUUAAAGAAAACCAGCCUGAAAUUCUAUGUGUCAAUGGGGCCAAUGAGGAAGAUCUGUCUAUGGGCAAAAAGGGCGUGCUUGGCUCGAACGGGUUUGUCUCAGAGUCGAAAAACGACAUAGUCGAAUUCCAAAAGGCUCUUCCACAACUUCCACAAGAUGAUCCACUUUCAGACCAUUCUUUCGCUAGCAUCGAAACCAAAUUACAUGUUUCUCCUCCUAUGGAUGAUGAUGAUGAAAAAGAACCAUUUCAUGCCGUUGCCCGAAAACCAGAUGAAGAAGUUGCAUUGUUAUCAUUAGCAUCUGAUGAGAAGGCCACUCCUUUGGGUGGCAAAGAGGAAAGCAAGUGCCAUAAUCCCAUCACAGAUCUUUGUGUCGACGAAGUUGCAGAAACAGGAAAAGAACAUUUGGGUGAUGAUGGGCUUGUAGAACAGAAACCGCGCGAAGACAAAAUCUUGGAGGGCCAAAGUGCAGUGCCAAGAGACGAAUCGUGCAACGGGGAGGACAACAAAACCAAGCCGAACCGUUCAAUUCUCAGCCUGCAAGACCAUUUUGCAGAAGGGGAGGCUAGUUUUUCUGCACUUGGUUUAGCUGGUUCUUCUUCUCACCCAUAUUCUGGGAGCACUUCUCUCCGGUCCGAUAGCAGCACCACCAGUGCCAGAUCCUUUGCCUUCCCGGUGUAAGUUUGAUAUGUUUUUUGCACUGAAUAUGGCUGAAACAUAAGUCAUUUCCCAAUGUAGGAUUUGAACUUUUUUUAUUCUCUAAAUAGGACUUAAUAAUGACUAGUGAGAAGAAUAAUGUCCAAGUGAUGCUGGACAUUUGGUUGAAUAAUGACCAAUGGUCCUACAUUGGAAAAUAAAAACAUAUGGUCCUAUAUUGAGAAAGUCAUUAUGUUUUAGUCAUAUUUAGGUAAAUUACCCAUGUUUUAUACUCUAGCACUGAUACAUUUGUGUUUCUCGAAUCCUCAAAAGUUAGUUUUUUUUCUGGUUGGGUUGCAGAUUACAACCGGAGUGGAUUAGCAGUCCGGAGAGAAUGAAGAAAUCAUACAACAGGUUUUGGAAGCACGGGGGGCGGUGGCGUCGUCUUCUUUGCUGUAGAUUCUGAAAAUCCAUUCCAUUUUUUUAAAUGUUUCAUUUGUUCAUAUAG